CUCAAAGAAGAUGAUCUGGCUAAUCUUCUUCAGAAUCAGGUGGUGAAAGGAAAAGCUGCAGGAGCGCUCCUGCGAGCCAUCUUCAGAGGUUCCCCCUGCUCUGAGGAGGCUGGCGCUCUGAGGAGACUUAAGAUAUACAUUUGUUGUAUCCACUUAGUGGAGUCAGGGGACUUGCAGAAAGAAGUAGCAUCUGAGAUCAUAGGAUUACUAAUGCUAGAGGCGCACAAUUUUCCAGGAUCAUUCCUGGUUAAAUUGGCCAAGGAGUUUGUUGGUGCUAUCAAAGAGGGCAGCUUGACAAAUGGAAAGUCUUUGGAGUUAUUACCCAUUAUUCUCACUGCCCUUGUUGCCAACAAGGAAAAUCUAGAUUAUGGAAAAGGUGAACUGAGUGGGGAGGAAUGUAAGAAGCAGUUGAUUAACACCCUGUGUUCUGGCAGAUGGGAUCAGCAGUAUGUAAUCCAACUUACCUCCAUGUUCAAGGAUGUCCCUCUGGCUGCAGAAGAGGUGGAAUUUGUGGUGGAAAAAGUAUUGAGGAUGUUCAGCAAGUUGAAUCUUCAAGAAAUACCACCUCUGGUCUACCAGCUUCUAGUUCUCUCCUCAAAGGGAAGCAGAAGGAGGGCUUUGGAAGGAAUCAUAGCUUUCUUCAACGAGCUAGAUAAGCGACACAAUGAGGAACAGAGUGGUGAUGAGCUGUUGGAUCUUGUUACCGUGCCAUCAGGUGAACUGCGUCAUGUGGAAGGCACCAUUAUUCUACACAUUGUGUUUGCCAUCAAACUGGACUGUGAACUAGGCAGAGAACUCCUGAAACACCUAAAGGCCGGACAGCAAGGAGAUUUCAGUAAUAACAUAUGUCCCUUCAGCAUUGCCCUUCUGCUCUCUGUAACAAGAAUACAAAGAUUUGAGGAACAGAUUAAGAAAUGGGAUAUCAUGCUACAAAGGACCCCUCAUGGCCCUUCCCAAAAGCCCAUCCCUACCCAAGCAGAUGUAACCAUGGAUCUAAUUUUUUUUUCAAUGGUUUGUUUGUUUGCCUUCCUAACACUUCAUAAUAGUGUGUAUUCUUUUACAUAA